AUGAAUAUGCCGCAAUUAUAUCAGGAAAAUAAAGAAAUAUACUUAGACAUGAUAGAAGAAUGUUUCAACAUUGUUUUAUCAUCUCAAGGAACAUCAAAAACAAUAUGCGACAAGUGUAUAAUUCGCUUGAGAGACGCAUAUUACUUUAAGCAGCAAGUGUUUAACUCGGAGAAUAAAUUAAGCAAGAUGUUGUUGCUGUAUAAGGAGAAAGAAGUGGAAUUUCUAGGGUGCAAUGAAUCUCUAUUGAUAGAUAAAAAUAAAGUUGGAUUACAAAAUUCCACCAUGCAGAGGGCAUUAGGUGAUCUAACUAAAUACCUAGAUGAUGUACCCGUAAAAUGUGAACCCAAAUCAGAGAACGACAAUAGUAAUGAUUCGGACAAUUAUUUUCUUUCACAUAUCGUAAAAGAAGAACCUUUGCAAAAGAUAUUGGUUGAAGAAAGAAAAGUGAGAUUAAAAAGGAAUAGAAAUAUUUCUAAGAAAAAUGUUAUAAAUAGAAUUUCAGAUGAAAAGAAGGAUCGCGUAAAAAAGAAUGAUCUAUUGCUAUCCGAAUCUAUGAACGUCGACAUAAAAGUGAUCACGAAAUCGAAUUUGGAAAGGCGGAAACACAGAGACAAUCUAACAACGAUACUAGAGUUUUCAAACGUCCUACCGUUCAAAGAUAGAUCGCUCCUCGGCUUCAUAUGUGGGUACUGCGAUAAAACAUACAUGGACCCGAAAGAUCUCAGAACCCACACGAACACAGAGCACAAAACACAAAGACUAGACCUACCCACCAUAUUCGACCUGAACGGGUACUUAGUGAAAUUAGAAGUGUCAAACCUCAAAUGCACCAUUUGCGACCAAGAAAUCGACAAUUUAUAUAAAUUAAGGGAGCACUUGUCCAAAAGCCAUAAUAAAACAAUACACAACGAUGUAAAAGAUUACUUAAUGCCGUUCAAACUAACUAAAGGCGACAUUUUUAAUUGUAGCAUGUGUACGUCCACAUACGAAACAUUCAAAAUGUUAAAACAACACAUGAACAAGCACUACACGAACUACAUAUGCCAGAAGUGUAGUUCCUCGUUCAUAACAAAGAGGUCGCUGAACGCACAUAAGGCGACGCAUAUUGAGGGUAGUUUCAAAUGUGACCUCUGCGAGAAGGUGUUCUCGAAUAACAUGAAGAGAAUGGACCAUGAGCGCAAGUCGCACAUGGGUUGCCGGACUAUAGGCAACUGUCCGUUCUGUGACCAGUCGUUCAGGAGUUACUAUCAAAGGAACCAACACCUGGUGAAAGUUCAUAACUCAGAUGCCCAGUACAAAUGUAAUGUAUGCAGUAAGGCGUUCAUUUUGAAGUCUCUUCUGAUGACGCAUAUAAAGAAGAACCACAUGAUGGAGAGGAACUACCAGUGCACUGAAUGCGGGUACAAGUUCUUCAACACGAAAACGCUGAAAGCGCACAUGGUGAAGCAUACGGGGGAGAGAAAGUAUGCAUGCGAAGUGUGUCACAAGGCAUAUGCGAGGAAGUACACGUUGCAGGAGCAUAUGCGGAUACAUAAUAACGAUAGGCGGUUCAAGUGCGAGCUGUGUGGAAAUGCGUUUGUGCAGAAGUGCAGUUUGAAAAGCCAUUUACUGUCACAUCAUGGUAUCAGCAUGGCGGCUAGUGAAAUAAGUGUUUCAUAA